CAGAGUGGACGGCCACUGCUGUUAACACACCGUGCUUGGAUGUCUACACUGCCAACCCCACUCUGCCCUAGAGUCAUUCUGACUCUCCUUGUCUUGGAGUCAGGGAAACGGAGGCUUGGAGACUGAAGAACCAGACACAGACUGAGCCAACAUGACCCUGCAGUGCACCAAGUCAGCUGGACACUGGAGGGUGGUGGUGUGGGACGAAGAAGGCUUCCAGGGUCGUCGGCAUGAAUUCACAGCUGAGUGUCCCAGCGUGCUGGAUCUCGGCUUUGAGACCGUGCGAUCACUGAAAGUCCUGAGCGGAGCGUGGGUGGGCUUUGAGCACGCUGGCUUCCAAGGGCAGCAAUAUGUGCUGGAGAGGGGCGAUUACCCAGGCUGGGACGCCUGGGGUGGCAACACAGCCUACCCCGCCGAGAGGCUCACCUCCUUCCGGCCUGUGGCCUGCGCUAACCACCGCGACUCAAGGCUGACCAUCUUCGAGCAGGAGAACUUCCUGGGCAGGAAAGGCGAGCUGAGUGACGACUAUCCCUCUCUGCAGGCCAUGGGCUGGGACGGCACUGAAGUGGGCUCCUUCCAUGUUCAGUCUGGCGCGUGGGUUUGUUCCCAGUUUCCUGGUUACCGAGGUUUUCAGUACGUGCUGGAGAGCGAUCACCACUCGGGUGACUACAAGCACUUCAGGGAGUGGGGCUCCCAUGCCCACACCUUCCAGGUGCAGAGUGUGCGCAGGAUCCAGCAGUGAGAGCGCACAAGUGACCUGGGGUGCCUGCAAAACGACUGAGUGACUGGCCGGAGGAUGUGGCUGCUCUUGGUUCUGGCUACCCCUGUGUCCUCUGGGAACCCCACACCCCUGUCAGCCAGCCCAUUCCCUGCCAGCUCACGAAGCUCAAAGAAAUAAAAUUAAAAACAAAAGACUCA